CUAAUAUUUACGUUGGCUACACGCGUGACGUACAUUUCUAUCUUAUUUAUAGUUGGUCUAAAUCUAGAACGCUACAGUGUUCUUAUAUAAGGGUUCAUAAGGUGAAUAUGCUUAUUAACUUCUGUUCGACAUAAACAUGGUAUAAUCAUCAGUUAAAAGUAUAAGGUUUAUCUAAAAUGGGCAGCGGACCGUCGUUUCCAAUUGUCCCAAUGACACGGGAUAAAAUCAUCCUGAUCACCGGUGCGAACUCCGGCCUCGGGUACGAAAUCGCCAAGUGGUCGGCAAUGAUGGGGGCGACCGUUAUACUCGCGUGCCGCUCCGAGUCUAAAACAAGGGAGGCUAUCGCUAAAAUGAACCAGGAGUUUCAAGCGGAAAAAUCUAAGGAGAGCUCCCAGUUGUCCGAGAACACAACUUUAGCGCUUGGGUUUAUGCACCUCGACCUAGCGUCGUUCGAAUCUGUGACGAACUUCUGCGAAGCAUUUAAGAAAAGCGGACGAAAACUUCACGUACUGUUCUGCAAUGCCGGUUUGGGGUGGAUUCCUUUCCAAAAAACAGCAGACGGCUUAGAAAUGUUAUUGCAGGUAAAUUAUCUCAGUCACUUUGUAAUGAUCGCCAAAUUGCUUGGCGUCAUGCAACAGUCCGGACCAGACUGUAGAAUUCUGCUUAUGUCCAGCAUCAUGCACAAAAGGGGUACUUUCGAUUUAAAGACCAUAAACUAUUCCGGACCACCCAACGACUUUUCAAGCAUGAACUACUACGGAAGAUCCAAACUCUACCAGAUUAUGCAAGCCGCCGCGAUGGGUCGCAGGAUUUCCGGUUCCAACGUUACUAUAAAUAGCAUCCAUCCGGGCGUUGUCGACACUCAAUUUUACCGUGAUUGGGACACAGGAAUAAGGAAGUGUUUACUGUGCUGUAUGCAGUUUUCAGGGAUGGCAAGGUCGUCAUUUCAAGGUGCCAAAUGUUCCAUCGACCUCACUGUUAACCCCAAACAUGCCGGGAUGAACGGACUCUAUUGGGUGGAUUGUAAAAUCGUCACACCCAGCAGCGUAGCGCGCAACAAGCAGAAGCAAGAAGAAUUGUGGGAAACUACAAUUGGCUUCAUUCGGCCAUAUUUAAAGGAAGAAGAGUUGAAGCGAAUCAAUGGCGAAAUUAAGUGAUUUAGUCUGUAUAAAAACACUGGGUUUUAUUCGAUAACGUUUACGGAAAUGGUUAUUUUGUCAUUUGAAAAAUUGUUUACAUUUGAAAUAAGAAAAAGAAUUACUAA